ACUGGAGGGUUGCUGUUUGGAUAAGAAAAAACAGAACAUGUUCCAGGUGAAGCAGCACAGUGACCAGCAGCAAACACUGUAUUGUUUCAGACUGUGUGACUAGUCUAACUUCACAGACCAGCUGAAAUAAACUACAACCAGUACCUUAUGUUAAUCUUUGGUGGACUUUACACUGUGCUAACAGAAAUUAAAGUUAAGAAGAUUCUCAUGUUACUCUUGGCGUCAUAGUUAUGCCACAUACUAGUCAUAUAACACAGGUUGAGUGUGUCACGUUAAAUACACUCUGCUUCUAUCUGCAGGCCUCUUAAGGGCGUGAGCUGGUAAAGCAAACACGGAUCAGCCCUACAGCAUUCAGAAAAUAGGAGUACACUUCCAUUUUGAGUCUUGCUCUUGGCUAUUUGAAGAUCACAACUUCUCGAAACUGGGCAGAACAAGGAUCCUUUGUUUUCCGUGUGGUCUGUUUUUUGACUACACUACGCUGUUCAUUACCCCAAGCUAACCUUGAUUACACAAAGAGGUUACUUAAGGAGCAUCCCAAUGGAAAGAAGAGCUUUGGCUUUGAAGGCGAUGAUGAAGAAGCAUCGCCCUAAGAAGGAGAAUCUGGAUGCUCGAACGUGGGUGAGACAGGAGACUGUCAAGGGGUUUUCUGACUUCGUACGCAACAAGCACUCGGACAAAGAGACGGACAACAGCUUUGACAACAAUGAGAUGUUGCUUGACACAGAAAAGCAGUUUAUGGAUGCAGCUAAGAGGAAUGAUGUGGAGACCAUGAAGACUCUUGGAAAAGGGCUGAACGCCAAUGCAAGAAAUGUGCAUAAUAGGACUGCCCUUCACUACGCAGUAGCUGGCAAAAACAAGGAAGCUGUUCAGCUUCUUCUACAACGCAGGGUCAAGGUGGAUCAAAAGGACAAGUAUGGUGUGGCACCCAUUCACCUGGCUGCCUGGUUUGGUAGUUUGGAGAUCCUGAAGUUAUUAGUGCAGGCUGGGGCUGAGCAGAAGGUUGAGAAUGAGGAGGGAUUGAACAUUCUGCACUGUGCUGCCAUAAACAACCACACUGAAAUUGUGGAGUAUAUUGUUAAUGACCUGCAGAUGAAAGACCUAGACAAAGACGACAAGUCGGGGCACCGAGCGUUUGCGCUGGCGGCCGAGCACGGCUGUGUUGAAAUGUUAGAGAUGCUGAUGGAGCCGUACAACAUGGCCACCAUGAAGCCCAACAAGAGAGGCGACACGCCCCUGCACUUAGCUGCCAGGAACGGCCACUUGGCUGCUGUCCAGCUGCUGCUGCAGAGCUUUGAUACUCGGGAUGAAGUCAAUAUGGACAGCGAGACAGCUUUGUACCAGGCGGCAGACAAUGAUCAGGAAGAAUGUGUGCUGGCUUUGCUCGAGGCUGGUUGUGACCCCAACAUCCUCACAGCGGACAAAUGCAGCCCUCUGCAUCCAGUUUCACAAAAAGGAGACACAAGUCUUGUCCAGCUCCUCUUGAAGUACAGAGCCAAUGCAGACUCUCAAAAUCAGCAUCUAGAGGCACCUCUCCACCUGGCAGUGAAGAACAGUCACAUCCCUGUCAUCCAUUUUCUCCUGGAGGCAGGCUGCAACAUUAAUGUCACUGAUAAGAGGUUGCAGACUGCUAUGCAUCUUGCUGCAGAGAUUGCCAGAAUUGAAGUUGUGGAGAUGCUUCUUAAAGCUGAACUGGAUCUAACACUUCGGGACAGACAGGGGAAGACGGUUCUAGGUGUUGCAGCCAGAGCAAAUGAGGUGAUUAUUGUGGAUAUGAUCAUCAAAGCAGAAAGAUACUACGCCUGGAGAAAGGCCAACCCUGAGCUUGAUGAGAAUGUUCACAGCGAGUAUGCGCUAACGUUUAAGCUUGACCACCGCUAUGAGACCAAGCAGCUCCGUUCGAUGGCCUGGCGCCUGGCUUACAAGCUCCUGAAAGCAGGAGACUGGAAGAGACUGGCACAACACUGGGGUUUCACUAAGGAGCAAGUGUGUGCCAUCGAGGAGCAAUGGACAGGUCAGCACAGUUAUCAGGAGCAUGGGAACAGGAUGCUGCUGAUCUGGCUCCAUGGGGAGGAGCUGGCUCAGAGGAGUCCUGCUAAAGAACUCUACCAGGGCCUCAUCCUCACAGGGAACCAGAAAGCUGCAGAUAAGAUUCGGAUGGAGGCAGAGAGUGCCAGCAGUAAGAGCUGUAGUGUUUCAUGAGGAUGAGCACUGCAACAUAUAGACUCACAAACUGAAUGUUUACAUCUCUAUCAAAUACUGAUCUGUCCAGGAAGGUAGUAAAAUAAUUUAUUUUUAAAAAUAACAUCAGAUCAUUAGGAUACAGCUUUGGCAAGGCAAAGUAAACAACGUUGGUGUUGGAUAGUCACCGCAACAUGGAUCAAUACACAAGUAAGUGUGAUUUUAAAAAUUACAGCUCACUGUCACUGUGCAUAAUUUACAAGUACAUUUUUUUAUAGGAAAUAAAUGUCCAUUUUGCAAUUCUAAA